CUCUAUUUCUCUUUCCUCCUCUCUCUCCCUCUCCCUCUCUCCCACUCUCUCCCUCUCUCUCCCCCUCUCCCUUCCUCUCUCCCUCUCUCCCUCUUUCCCACUCUUUCUCCCACUUCUCCCUCUCCCUCUCUCCCACUCUCUCUCUCCCUCUCUCUCUAUCACACAUACACACACACACAGUGGCUAGAAGGGAGGAGGCAAGCUGCACUGCCUUGCUUCCCACAGUCAGCCGAGGGUUAAUCCAAGCUUCUACGCGUGAAGGUUUUUCUUGGCUGUGAAAGGUAGAUCUCUGCUUGGAUGUUAAGCGAUCCCUUCUCUCUCCCAAGCACCAGCGGCUUUAGCAGAUUCCUUUCAGGAUUGUUUACGGACUGCAAACUCUCUACCCUCCAGGGAUCUCUUUGUUCCUGCCCAGAUGGGAAUCCUCUCCUCUCUGCCUGGGAUUUAACUCCAGGGAGGAGGAGGAUCCUGCUGGGAAGUGUUUCCUGUUACCAUUGUUGGAUCUCCCCACUUUGCCUGGAUUUAUGAGUGCCUUUCUCAGCCGCUCCAGCUCCUCCACGAUUCUCAUUCCGUCCCUCCAGGACGCACCCCAAUGAGAGUUUCUCGGGAGCCGUCCAUCAGCUCUGCACACACACAGGCGAGGAAAGAGCGCUGCGGAGGAGAGGGAAGAGAGAAAGAGGCACCAACAGGCAACCUGAUUUCUGGUCCUCGGUGAGAAACCCUGGGAGCUGCUCCGGUUAGAGCCAGGUGUGAGGUUUGGGAAAGUUGUGCCUUGGAGUUCCUGGACUUGGCUGGGAAGUCAGGAAAACAAUAAAUUCUUGCAGCCGGCCUUCUCCAUGGACGGGAGGGCUUCCUCGGUUCAAUGAGACCACCUGAGGAAUAUGGAAGACAAAGGCAGCAUCGCAACUCCCACAACCCAGACGGGAAUAAGGUGAGUUUUUGCUCUUCAGUUUCUUUGGAGAUCUAGAAGUGAGGGGUCCUAGAAGAAAGAAAGAAGACAGAAGGUCUAAUGAAGGAAGGAGUGGAAGAGACCCAGGACUCCAUGCCGGCAGCCAAGAUGAGCGAGAUGCUUCAGCUGCCCUCCUUGCAAGUGUCAGAGCCGCAGGUGAAGGAGGAGGAGGGCCACGCCUGGUCCAGUUCCUCCACCCCGACUUUGCGCCGAAGGCGCUUCAGGUUGCGCCGUGUCAGGAACGCCGAAGAGCAGAAUCCAGAAGCCGCAUCUUCCUCCUCCUCGAAGGAGUUCCUUCAGCUCCCCUCCAUCGAAAUCACGCCCUCCAGCGAUGAAGACGCCCCUUGGUCCAACUGUUCCACGCCGAGCGCCUCUCCCCGGCGCAAGCGCUUCCUCCUUCGGAAGUGGUUGAACGUGAGGGAGAAGAAAGAAUGCAGUGAGAGCAGCAGCCAACACAGCAAUCAUGAGGAUGAACCCUCCCGAUUUCUGAGCCCGGGACUACGUGAUGACAGCACUGCCAGUAACUCGAACCGUAGUACGCCCGCUUGCUCCCCAGUCCUGCGCAAACGCUCCCGGUCUCCCACGCCACAGGACCCCCAAGGAGAUACCAUGGUGGAGAAGGGGUCGGAUCAUUCUUCUGACAAAUCGCCUUCCACGCCAGAGCAAGGCGUGCAACGAAGCUGUUUCCUCCCAAUCCGUCGUGGCGGGACCAAGAAUUCAAAGGUCUUGGCUAGUGUGAUACGGUGGCCUAGAGGUGGAGCCCUCGCCUCAGAAUCAGGAGGCUUGCUGCAGGAGGCCAUCCUGGCCGAAAAUGGAUCUGGCCAGAGGCACUGCGGGCCGGUCCUUUCCUAUUUCCAGUCCAGCCCCGUGGGCCAGAUUUAA